AUGUCAGUAGAUUUCGGCCCGGCAGGCAUACCAUUCAUGACAGAAAAGGAGUAUAAUGAAACUUUCGAAACCCACAAGAGUUCGUGUUCGCCGUCGGCAUGGAACCCCCGGGCUUGGGGCCGUAAGAGGUGGACGGGCGCACUUCUGGGCAUUAGUGUCAUUGUUGCCGCUGUUGUGGUUCCGUUAACAGUGGUAAUGGCGAAUCAAUAUCCGUCUUAUCAGAGACUUGAAUACUCGUUGGUAGAUAUUUACAGCGGAGAAAGAUUUUUUGACUCAUUCGACUAUGGGAAUGGUACUGAGGCGACCCACGGGUUUACGAAUUAUGUGACAAAAGAUGGUGCAGAAUGGUCUAACUUGACGUAUGCUACUUCUAAUGAAGCCAUCAUAAGAGUAUUACCGAGAGACCACACCGGUGCCGCCGGACGCCCUACCAUUAAGAUUCUAUCGAAACAGCGGUAUACACACGGCUUGUUUAUCUUUGAUAUCGGGCACGUGUCAUAUGGGUGUGGUACUUGGCCCGCCAUAUGGAUGUCCGAUACAGAUCUAGAUAUCUGGCCGAGCCACGGCGAGAUAGAUAUUAUUGAAUCAGUGAACCAGGGUAAUAAAGGAACUCAGUUUACUCUACACACAACAAAUGGAUGCGAGAUGAGCGUCAAAAGAAAGCAGACGGGGAAGGUGCUGUCUAAUAACUGUUUGAAUAGCACUAACUACAACAUGGGCUGUGCUGUACGUGGGGCGCCAGAUUCAUACGGCGAAGAAUUGAACAAAAACCAGGGAGGGGUCUACGCUAUGGAAUGGAGAACCGCAGGUAUUCGGAUGUGGUUUUUUCCCAGAAAUCGCAUUCCUUCAAGUAUCAGUAUCGGGAAACCAGAGCCGUCCGAAUGGGGUAUCGCAACAGCAGACUUUCCCUCAACGAAAUGUGAUAUCAACUCGCACUUCAAGAACCACAAGCUAAUUAUCAAUAUUUCCCUUUGCGGUGACUGGGCGGGUGCACCAUCAGUUUAUAACGAGGAGUAUGGCUGUCAAAUGGAGUGUACUGAAUAUGUGGGGUCUAUGCCUGAGGCAUUUAAAGAUGCGUAUUGGUCCAUUAACAGCAUUAAGGUGUAUAAGGCACCGAAUUCGUAA